CACGGAGUAAGCUGUGAGGGAACACGUGGAGUUUCAGCGCACUCGCUUCACCAUGUCACUGGAGCAAGAAAAGAAAGAGACCACAGACAAGCCCAGCAAAAUGAUCGACACGACCCGCAGCAACGUCAGUCGGUCACGAUUGUUUCCUCCCAUGGAAAUGACCUUCCAUUACGAGGCGGAGAAAAAAAUCCACAUUCCUGACAGCCAAUCGACACGGUUCAGUUUUCGGAAGCUCUGGGCUUUUACAGGACCUGGGUUUCUCAUGAGUAUUGCUUAUCUGGACCCGGGAAACAUUGAAUCGGACCUACAGUCUGGAGCUGUGGCCGGGUUUAAGAUCCUCUGGGUUUUGCUGUUUGCCACCAUCAUGGGCCUCAUGUUACAGAGACUGUCAGCACGCUUAGGAGUUGUAAGUGGCAUGCAGUUGGCUGAGGUCUGUCGCAGGCAGUAUCCUAAGUUCCCUCGGAUUGCGUUAUGGUUGAUGGUGGAACUGGCGAUCAUCGGCUCGGACAUGCAGGAGGUGAUCGGAUCGGCCAUCGCUCUGAACCUGCUGUCUGUUGGAAGGAUUCCCCUCUGGGGCGGAGUGAUUAUAACUAUUGCAGACACGUUUUUAUUCCUCUUCUUGGAUAAAUAUGGUCUGAGAAAGCUGGAAGCUUUGUUUGGGUUUCUCAUCGCCGUUAUGGCUGGCACCUUUGGUUAUGAGUACGUGACUGUAAAGCCUGACCAGUUGCAGCUACUGAGGGGGAUGUUUGUGCCCAGCUGUGAUGGCUGUGGAAGCCAACAGCUUCAGCAGGCGGUUGGCAUAGUUGGCGCUGUGAUCAUGCCCCACAACAUCUACCUGUACUCAGCGCUGGUCAGAUCCAGAGAUGUGAAUCGAGCAAAUAAGAAGGAAGUGAAUGAAGCCAAUCGUUACUUCUUCAUCGAAGCCUGCAUGGCUUUGUUUUUGUCUUUCAUCAUUAACGUCUUUGUGGUCACGGUGUUUGCGGAAGCUUUUUACAACAAGACCAACGAGCAAGUGCACGAGGUGUGCGCAAACAGCAGUAGUCCACAUGCUGAUCUCUUCCCAGUCAAUAACCAGACUCUGACUGUCGAUAUUUACAAAGGGGGUGUGGUGCUGGGCUGCUAUUUUGGUGCUGCUGCUCUCUACAUCUGGGCCAUUGGUAUCCUGGCUGCAGGUCAGAGUUCAACCAUGUCGGGGACAUACACUGGACAGUUUGUCAUGGAGGGGUUCUUGAACCUCAAGUGGUCUCGCUUUGCUCGUGUGGUCUUCACCCGAUCAAUCGCAAUCACUCCCACCUUGCUGGUCGCUGUUUUCCAGAAUGUGGACACAUUGACAGGAAUGAAUGACUUGCUAAAUGUUCUGAUGAGUUUGCAGCUGCCAUUUGCAUUGCUCCCAGUAUUGACGUUUACCAGUAUGAGCUCCGUGAUGAAUGACUUCGUCAACGGUCUUGUGUGGAAGAUUCUAGGCGGAAUUAUGAUUCUGAUCAUAUGCUGCAUUAACGUAUAUUUUGUAAUCGAUUAUGUUUCAAAUCUGAAGUUCUUGGCACUCUACAUUGCAGCAGCUAUCGUGUCAGUUGCCUAUUUAUCUUUUGUGUUAUACUUGGUGUGGUUUUGUUUAGUUCAAAUGGGUGUCCCAUUUUUGAACUGCAACCGUGAUGUCAAUGUGAACAAGAUGAUGAUUGUGGAAGAUCAGAGUCAGGUAUUUCAUCGAGUUGGGUCGAUCCGUUCAGCAGAUGUGGGUACUGUCCGCUGAAGAUUUCAUCAGAGUAAUGAAGACUGCUUGCUCUUCUGACACGAUAUUCCUCAAAUGGAACUCAGUUGGACCAUUUAAUGUAUGUAAAUGUUUGUCAUAAAUCAGUGUAGCUGCUUCAUUCCAUAGAUAAUGCUCUAACAAUUGUUAAUAUAGACAAAGUCUGAUACUAAAUAUUUUGAGUCCCAUCAAACAGGAACUCGCUACUAAAUCAUCAGGGCCAGCAUGUCACACAUUCCCAGUGGUUGUAUAAAUGUCCAGAAGGGAGUGAAAUCUCAACGUCCAGGGAUGUCAAUGGACAGCUGCAGACAUGAACGUGGUGUGGUGUUUCCCUGAAAUCAGUCAUGACCUAGUUAGUGGCGUAAUGACCACCUCUUGAUGAGCACCAGAGGACCACCCUAUGGGAGGAUGGGCUUAGGAAAUGGGCAACUUCAACCCAAAAGAACAGAUGAUGAUGUAUUUUACUAUUUAUUGGAUGUCACCCUUGUAAAUAAGGCUGGUGGUGACAUUUUGAGGUCUGCACACCCCAGUGAGGGGUAGGAAUGGUGAGCAUCAUAAACUGUAUAAUUUCCAAGUCUAAUUUAGAAUAAUGUGUAGGAAUAAACUGCAGAUGCUGGUUCACACCAACGAUAGACACAAAUUGUUGGAGUAACUCAGCAGGACAGGCAGCAUCUCUGGAUCUCUGAAAUGAAGGAAUGGGUGACGUUUUAGGGCGUAUUUAGAAUUACUUUAUAUUCCUGACCUUUCAAUAACAUCCUAAUCUGAUUUGAAAUCUUCCAUAACUAAAGUAAAGAUAGCCAGAUUUGACUAUGUAUCAUUAAAUUUUUGAUAUGUAUAUGUGGAAUUAUGGUCACAUAUUUUAACUUAAGUUCUCAUCAAGUCAUUUUACUUCUUCAACAACUAGUCUGUCUGCAUCUAUCCAUGGAGCUUGCAGGUAAAUCCUUCUCUAUUCUUGGACUGACAGCAACACCUUCUCAUUGUCUUAACAAUACCAGGCCUCUGUCAACAGCAGAGUUGCCAACACAGACGGAAGUGUCAGAGCUGCUUUCAAAUGUGGUGGUUGUCCUAAGUUAUGCAGUGCUUGGGAUUUGCCUCUGGAAAUCAUCCUUACUGCCCUAUGUAUUCCAAGGCUUGCACUGAUGCUGAUUCUACUUGGGACUUGAAAGACCUGAUGAUCCUGAGCUUUUUCCUCUCACAAAUUUAUUGUUGGCUGCAGACUUACUGCCAGUAGGUGGUGCAAUGUUUCAGUCUGUACAAUGAAUAAAUAGCACAUCAAAUAAAAGGGUAGGUUGUACUUGUGAGCUUUCUUGUGGUAUAAUUUUGUUAAUAUUUGAAUUUGUAUUUUGAAAUGAUUCUCAAUUAUAUCAAGGUGUACAUCUUUAAAAUUAAAUAAAUGAAUGUUCUUA